AAAUUUAGUCAAACGCCCAAUGCUUCGUCUUCCUGCUUCCUUGAGUUUCUUCUCCUCUUCCUCCUCCUCCUGUCGCCAUUUCCCAUAUCGCCACCUAGAAUCAACAAAAGCGACCACCUUUUCUCCGUGCGCUUCGAUUCCAAGGCCCUAAUCUAAUUAGGAGCUCACCGCAACAAGAUUGCUCGGAGCUUUCGAGCGUUUCUUUUUUUUUUUUGUUUCCUUCCGCGAUAUUUAUAUUCUAAUGCUGCAACUAGCUGCCCGAAUCCUCAAAGGCGGAGCAUUUUCUAAAGUGGAGUUCUCAAAAAAAGCGUCUUCUUGGGGUGGAUUGCAAGUUGGUGACCCAAAUCCGUCGCUACGGGUCGGGAGUUCUUGGAUUUCCCGCUGAUUGGUUCGCAGAUUGGAGCUCUUGAUUUGGUUGCGCCAUGGCGCUGUUCCGGAAGUUCUUCUUCAAGAAACCGCCCGAUGGGUUGCUUCUAAUCACGGACAACAUAUACGUUUUUGAUCAUUGCUUCUCCAUGAAAGAGAUGGAAGAAGACCAUUUUGAAGCCCACAUAAGAGGUGUUGCAGCACAUCUUCUAGAUAAUUUUGGUGAUCAUUCAUUCAUGAUCUCGAAUUUCGGCAUUCGAGAUGAAGAAAGCCCCAUAUAUCACAUUUUAUCUGAGUAUGGUAUGACCGUCCUGGACUACCCUGGCCACUAUGAGGGGUGUCCACUUCUCACCAUGGAAAUGGUCCACUGCAUCUUGAAGUCGAGCGAAAGCUGGCUCUCUUUGGGUCAGCGUAACUUUCUGAUAAUGCACUGUGAACAAGGAUGCUGGCCUAUUCUGGCUUUCAUGUUAGCUGCUCUCCUGAUAUACCUGGGACAGUAUUCUGAUGAGCAGAAAACACUGGAUAUGCUUUACAAGCAAUCGCCAGUAGAGCUCUUGGAGAUGUUUUCACCUCUGAAUCCCAUGCCGUCGCAAUUGAGAUACUUGCGCUAUGUUUCGAUGAGGAAUGUCGUGCCUGAGUGGCCUCCAGCUGAUAGAGCCCUGACGUUAGAUUCUGUGAUUUUGAGGAUGGUUCCAGAUUUUCAUGGUCAAGGUGGUUUCCGUCCAAUAUUCAGGAUAUAUGGCCCAGAUCCGCUUAUGCCUACUGAUCAGACUCCUAAAGUUCUUUUUUCGACUCCAAAGAGAAGCAACGUUGUCCGUUUCUAUUCACAGGCAGAUGAACUGGUGAAAAUAAACCUUCAAUGUCAUGUCCAAGGGGAUGUUGUCCUAGAAUGUAUCAAUCUGUAUGAGGAUCUGGAUCGUGAGGACAUGGUAUUCCGGAUCAUGUUCAAUACAGGUUUCAUCAGGUCAAACAUAUUGAUGCUUAAUCGUGACCAAAUAGACAUUUUAUGGAACACACAAGACCAAUUCCCUAAAGAUUUUCGAGCUGAGGUUAUUUUCUCUGAUAUGGAUGCAACUACUUCACACAUCACAACAGAGCCGGUUAGUCAUCAAGAGAAACAAGGACUUGGUAUUGAAGAGUUUGCUAAGGUGCUUGAUAUAUUCAACCAUUUAGACUGGUUGGAUGGGAAGAAGGAUACUUCGCUUCACAUACCUCAACGAAAAGCAUCAUCCACUUCUCAAGGAAAUAUAGAUGAAUCUCCUGCUGAUGGGUCCGAGACUUUCUUCGAUACUAAAGAAGAACUUGACUUUGAUAGUCUCUCUGGUGAAAGCUCGUCUUCGCUUGUUUUGAAGUUAACAGAUGACUAUGUUAUGGUUGGUUGCACUGAACUUCAACAAGAUCCCCUACAUUCAACCUCAGCUGAAGUUCCAUCCAAAAUACAAACAAUAGAAGUAGCUCCUUCACGAACAAGGCCUCCAUCGGUGCUGUUGUCACCUACUAAGGUUAAGAUGCCAAAGACCAGUGCUUCAUCAAUGGCACUACCUUCAAGCACGGUAAUACCCCAAGCACCGUCCUCACCAGUUCAGCCACAGGGACUGAUAGAUUCUGCAGUGCAAAUUGCACCAGCACAGUCAGCGUCAAAAUCAGCUGAGAACUCUGGUUCACAAACUCCAGUAAACCAAGAACCUUCACCUCUUACCGUAAAUAAUUCAGCAUCGACCGCAUCCUUGAUAGCUUUGUGCACACCUCCGCCUCUUCCUCCUCCGCCGCCCACUGUCUCAUUAGCCCCUGUUUCCCCCAUUUUACCCAUAAAUACUAGUACAAGUAUAAUCAGCGUUUCCCUUAGAUCGAUCAUGCCCUCCCCUUCACAACCUCCAGAAUCAUCAGCCUCUCCACUAGCUCUUGCAAGAAAUGAAGAGCUAGUUAAAUCUCAAGAACCUUCCUGUGAAAACCUUGAGAAGUUUCCACCUGAAUUUUCUAGAGCUUCCAGUGUCACUGCAUUGUCAUCAGAUUCUCUAUUGUCCAUAGAAAAGGAAUCUAGCAGUACAAGAACAUAUGUCCCAGAAGCUUUGCCUGCAAUGCCUCUGACUUCAGACACUCGGACCUCAUUAAUUUCAAUUUCAACUGCAGCAUCCCCACCCCUGCCGCCGCCACUGCCACCCCCUCUAAAACCAUCUACUGUGAUGUUUCCUUUGUCAUAUGGUAAAGAGGUAGCAAGCACUAAAGAAAAGGCUGCACCAACUCAGCCUCCACUCCCACCACCUCCACCGCCAAUACAACCAACAUUGAUUUCAAACUCGAUAUAUUCAUCUACUUCAUCUGUGGUUUCUGCACCACUAAAGAGAGGCCAAUCUCCAGCUCCACCCCCUCCGCCGCCGCCACCCCCACCCCCACCAUUUCCCGUAUCAUCAUUUUCUCCUCCGCAACCACCGCCGCAACCUCCUUCAGCAGUACCAGGGCUGCAAGCAUCGCCUGUUCCACCACCGCCGCCACCUCCACCUCCUCCAAUGAUUCCAGGGAUGAAAACACCACCCACCCCACCGCCACCUCCUCCAGCAGCUCCAGGGCAGCAAGCACCAGCUGUUCCACCGCCACCUCCACCUCCACCUCCUCCAAUGGUUCCAGGGAUGCAAACGCGGCCCAUUCCACCACCACCUCCUCCAUCUCAAACUAACUCUUUGGUUUCUUCAUUUCCAUCCACAAGUAAAAGAAUUCCACCGCCACCCCCUCCUCCAUCUCAAACUAGCUCAUUGGUUUCUUCAUUGCCAUCCUCAAGGAAAGGAAAUGAUGUGGCAGCCCCUCGUCCCCCACCUCCCCCACCACUGUAUUCCAGGUCAUCUCAUGUCACUUCUGCACCAUCAGCACCACCUGCACCCCCAUUGCCUCCUCCGAAGCUAGUUGGGGCCAGCAAACCUUCACAAGAGCAAAUGAUAACCUGGCCACCACCACCUCCACCAGGCCCACCUCCUAAGAAUUCCUCGAACUCUUUGCCAAGUAAGGGUAAUGUUGUCAGUUCAUCUCCUCCCCCACCUCCUACAUUCUCAUUUGGCGCAAAGGACCGUAGCACAGCCCGGUCCAGAAGUCCUAGAAGUUUGCGGCCCAACCAGUCAUCUAAGAGGACACCAUUGAAGCCGUUGCACUGGGUGAAAGUGUCAAGAGCUACACAGGGAAGCUUAUGGGCUGAAACACAGAAGUCUGAUGAAGCAUCAAGAACCCCAGAGAUAGAUAUUUCGGAACUUGAAAGUCUUUUCUCGGUAGCCAUGCCAAACAUGGAGGAGAAACGGGCACGCCAACGUCCUUCUGUUGCAGCGAAACAAGAAAAAGUUCUUUUGAUUGACCUUCAGCGCUCAAAGAAUUGUGAAAUUAUGCUGAGAAACAUUAAGAUGCCAUUACCAGAUCUGAUGAACUCAGUGCUUGCACUUGACGAUUCCAUUGUUGAUGGUGAUCAAGUAGAUUAUCUAAUAAAGUUCUGUCCAACUAAGGAAGAAAUGGAACUACUCAAAGGGUUUACAGGCAACAAAGAGAACCUAGGGAAAUGUGAACAGUUCUUCUUGGAAAUGAUGAAAGUCCCAAGAGUGGAGUCAAAACUGAGAAUCUUAUCCUUUAAGAUUAAGUUUCUUACACAGGUUGCAGAUCUGAAAAACAGCUUGAAUACUAUCAAUUCUGUUGCUGAAGAGGUUAGGAACUCUGUUAAGCUUAAGCGAGUGAUGCAAACAAUUCUUUCGUUGGGAAAUGCAUUAAACCAAGGAACUGCAAGGGGGUCGGCUGUUGGAUUUAGAUUGGAUAGCCUUCUUAAACUCAUUGAUAUUCGGGCACGUAAUAAUAGGAUGACUCUCAUGCAUUAUUUAUGCAAGGUUCUUUCUGACAAGCUUCCUGAAGUUCUUGAUUUUAACAAGGACCUCACAUAUUUAGAACCUGCAUCAAAGAUUCAAUUGAAAGAGUUGGCGGAAGAAAUGCAAGCGAUAACAAAGGGACUGGAAAAGGUUGAGCAGGAAUUGACAACAUCUGAAAAGGAUGGUCCAGGGUCUGAGAUAUUUUACAAGAAAUUGAAGGAAUUUCUUGCUGAUGCUCAAGCUGAAGGAAGAUCGUUAGCUUUUCUUUACAGUACUGCGGGGAAAAGUGCAGAUUCUCUAGCACAUUAUUUUGGUGAAGAUCCAGUGCGGUGUCCAUUUGAACAAGUUGUCUCUACUUUGCUAAGCUUCGUGAAAACGUUCGAGCGUGCCCAUGCCGAGAACCUCAGACAGAUGGAGCUGGAGAAGAAAAGGGCCCAGAUGGAAGCAGAAAAGGAGAAAGUGAAAGCAGCAGCUCACAAGGAGGAUUUGCUGGAGCCAUGAAUUUUGGUCUGAUGAGUUGGCAAAGUAUGCAUUGUCGUUGAUUUCUUGCCGUUUCAUAUUGCGGCCUUAGCUUCAUGACCAAGGACAGUACGGCAGAAAAUUUUGUAGCGGUUUAUUCGAAGCUUCUAACCAUGUGAAAUUGGAGGUGAAGAAAAUUAGCACAUAUGACAGGUACAUCAAUGGAAGUUACUCCCUAUAUGCUUGGACUACUAUUGGUUCUUACAGUUUUGCCCUGCAGACAGAGGGAGAAAGACAAAUAUAAGCUCACUAUGUAGUGCUAAUAUGACAGUUUACUUAGCAGAUAGACUAUACAGCAAUACAGAUACAGCUUCACUGGUUCAGUGGUUCUUACUGUACAUAGGAAAGUGCAGCUAUGCAACUCACCGGUUCCCUGGUGCUGAACAAAUUUUGCAAUGUUUGUGCCCGCAAAAUAUGUACAUUUGUAGAGAUGCUUUUGUGCAUUACGAUGUAUAACACUGUAAGUAGAACAAAUAAAACAAUAUUUUUCCAAAUGGAAUGUGUGGCCAUUUGAUCAUUCAUUCAUCUGGCUGGAGCUGUGGAACAGGCAGCUUGUAUCUUGUUUUUUCCUCCUUGUCUGGAAGGAUAGACAAAUGCUCUGAACCUUAUCAGUUA